ACUAAGUAAAGUCAUGACAAACUUGGCGUGAAGGCCAUUUUGUGGUAUUCAACGAAUGUCUCUGGACGAUAUUGGUAUUGAUUAUACCACGAACGUGUUGACCACGUCCGGCCCGUCUACUAUGGCAAAAGCAAAGGAAUCCCCGACGCUGCUCAAGUUCGAGCCAGGCUCCAUGGUGUGGAAAGCAUGGCGCUCCCGUUAUAACAAUUAUGUUAAGAUACAGGAACUCACCACGGAGGACGAUCAAAAGCGGCUGCUAUUGGACUCACUAGGAGUGGAAGCACAUGAGAUGUUGUUUGCCAUGUGUCUUCCUCAGGAUCCCGCGGAGCUGAAGCUGGAUGAAGUCAUCGCCCAUCUCGAACAUGCUUAUCUUGGCGCCUGAUCGUGAAUACGGUACUGAUGCAUGCUUCCACGGAGAAAAAUCCAGUUAGGCUGCCAGAGCUCUCUCGGCUCCCUCCGGACCCUAAAGUGCAUGUGCGCCGCCCUAGCCUGGACGAGACGAUUAGUCUGGUUUGUGUGGCUGGCCUAACGCCGCCAAAUAAUGUCGCGUGGAAACACAACACUCACCUGUCAGCCGCCCAGCAACCCGGGGUAACCUUCAGUACAGCCGCACCGGCGGCAGCACUCUGAUCCUGCACAAUGUCACCCUCGCGGCGUGGGGCAAAUUCGAAUGCCUGCAGCGAUGUCAGCAGGACGGGACGGAAGCGUGGUGCCUACUGGGGGAAACCUGGGUGUUUCCUAAGCCUACAACUAGAUACCACGAGGUGUUUGCGCAGCGCAUGCCGCGUGUCAUUGUUCCGCGGUACAUGCCAGUUUCUGUCACUUGUCAGCUGGAUUUCCCCUGCGGUCCUGACCCGCAGCAACACUUUAUCUGGCGCUAUGACGGCGUAUUUCUGAGCUGGCCAUCCGGUCACUACCUGCAGCAGACGUCCUGCAUCGACACUCACCGGCAUACGCUGAUGAUCCACACUAACGCCUCCGAAAUAACCGGGACUGACGGCCGCCCGCACUGCGCCUCGACUCUGACGCUGCACGUGCCCUGGCCAGAGCACGCCGGCGGCCAGUUGGAAUGCUGAGCGUGCUCCGACACCACCCAGCAACUGUGGUACGUCCACUCCACUUCCGUCCAGUUCAACGGAAGCCUCCCCUUCCCCGGAUAACCGCUGGCAGUAAUCCUAACCUGACGAAACAUUUAUUCACUUAUAAUAUAAUUCCAUGGGUUAACCUGAAAUUAUAGUCUGUUUUUGUUUUUACAUGCAACUCCCGAUGAAAUGGAUAAUACAGUUUUAACUGGUAACUGUCGA